CAAUUCCCUGCGUUUGAAGGUGUUGGUAGCUCAUUUCUUGCUUCUUAUAGGUCGUUAAUGGCGUUUACUUCUUCUCUACCCUCAAAAGAGGGAAGAAAAUUCCUUAGAUCCUUUUGCAAAAAUCCGCCAUUGUUAGCGCUACAACAGUCAAAUCCCACCGCUUGUUUCCCAAUCCCCAAAACCAGGUUCCGCUUACCGCCAGUUUCCUCUUAAUCUUAGGGGCGGCCACCCAACCCCUCUCCAAGCAGAUUUCUCUCCCUUUCUUCGCUUUUCUCUUUAUUUUAUCCACUUUUUUAUUCUCCCCCAGAAUGAACAGUCAUUCUAGCGAAGCAAUUCCCCUGUUCUUCAUGGCCCCUGGUUUUCCCCUUUUUAAUCCUCUGUUCUUGUUUCUAUAUAUUAUUAAUAUCUUAUCCCACUUCCUCUUACUGUUCUUGCAUUCUCAUUUUCUUCCUUUUCUUACCCGGAUUUUCUGUUUUUGUACUUGUUCGUCUCUGGUUUCUUUGUUUUGGACGAACCCAUUUUCGUUUUUUGAUUCUUCUGCCUUAUACACGACAACCCAGAUCGCGUUUCUGCAUCGUUCGACGUUUUUUGUAUCUGGGUUUCUGAUUUGGGAUUGAAUCGUUCUGUUUCUGUACUUGUUCGUCUCUGGUUUCUUGUUUUGGACGAACCCCAUUUUCGUUUCUCUUAAUUUUUUGAUUCUUCUGCCUUAUACACGACGCCCCAGAUCGUGUUUCUGCAUCUUUCGGCGUUUUUCGUGUCUGGGUUUCUGAUUUGUUCGUCUCUGGUUUCUUGUUUUGGACGAACCCAUUUUCGUUUCUCUUAAUUUUUUGAUUCUUCUGCCUAUUACACGACGACCCAGAUCGUGUUUCUGCAUCGUUCAUCGUUUUUCGUAUCUGGGUUUCUGAUUUGGGAUUGAAUCGUUCUGUUUUGUGGCUCAUUCUUUGUCGCUGGGGAAGGUUUUUGAGGGGAAACAGAGGAGGGUUUUUGUUGUUGUGUUCUUAUGACGACGGAAACGAGAGCGGUGGAUCGAGGGAGUAUUAGAAUUGGGCAUGUGAAUAAGGUUCAGUAUGUGAAAAGGGAUAUUAAGAAGAGGAAAUGUAGAAGGAUGAAGCGGUCUGUUCCAGUGGUUCCUAUGGCGCUUCAGGAACUCUUUGUUUCUUGCAGGGAUGUGUUCAAAGGCCCUGGAACCGUUCCAUUGCCUUGUGAUGUAGAUAAGCUCUGUCGCAUUCUUGAUAAUAUGAAGGCAGAAGACGUUGGACUUAGUAGUAAUUUGCAGUUUUUUAAUCCCAAUGUUCAAGUCAAAGGAUCAUCCUCUAGAGUAACUUGCACUACCAUAUACAAGUGUGACAAUUUCUCGUUAUGCAUCUUCUUCCUCCCAGCAACUGGUGUAAUCCCUUUACACAACCAUCCAGGAAUGACUGUUUUCAGCAAACUUCUGUUGGGGAAAAUGCACAUCAAAUCAUAUGAUUGGGUCGAUCCAACGAACACCGACGAUCCUGCCCAACCUCGUCAAAAAAGAUUAGCAAAGCUGAAGGCCGACACUGUCUUCACCUCGCCCUGCAGUACCUCUGUUUUGUACCCAACAACAGGAGGCAACAUCCACUCAUUCACUGCUGUAACGCCAUGUGCGGUGCUCGAUGUAAUCGGACCUCCUUAUUCCAUGGAGGACGGUCGAGAUUGUUCAUAUUAUAAGGAGCAUCCCUAUGCCUCGUUUCCAAAUGGUGAGGUGGCACUGACAGAAGAAGAGGGUGAGGGAUAUGGAUGGUUAGAAGAGAUUGAGGUACCAGAAAACUCUCACAUGGAUGGAAUAGAAUACUUAGGACCUCAGAUUAUUGACACUUAAUUAAGCCUCCUUUUUGACUGUAGUGUGUCUUCUCCAAAAGCUAAACUUGUAUAUAAAAAUGGUUACAAAGUUGUGAUAUGUUUUUUUUUUUUUUUGUGUUCAUUUGAGAUGUUCAUU